GCUAACACGGGGUCAUUGUGCUAUGACUGUCUUCUGAAAUUUUUACGUUAUUUUCGAAAUGAGUGAUCAAAAUGUUAGCCCAAAUAACCACAAAUCGACUCCUACUCCUCCGAAGAAUAAAAAAGUGCGCAAUCCCUUUGAUAAUGCCUUAAUAGAUAGGUUACACAAACCAAUAUGCAGUCCAGGAAUGUGCAGAAUAUAUAAGAAGAAAAAUAAUGGUUCUUUUUAUUGGGAUAUUGAUCAAGCAUGCUCCUUAGUUCCCGCGGAUAUUGUAGCUUGUAAUAGCCAAUUCGAGCCAUCUCCUGAUCCUGCUUUAGAAAAAAUCGCAGAGGAAGCAACUGAAAAAUUUUUCUCUCAAGAAAUGGUCAUGCCCAGUCCUUUGGAAUCUUCUAAAAAAGUCAAACCUUUGCUUCAAAUUUCAAAUGAUAGCAGCAUCCAUAUGACAAGUUUUAUUAAAGAUCAGAUGGUUGCCAUGAAGGAUGUUUCAGCACAAACUGUUCUUACAUUACCACCAGAGUUGCCUCCAGAGAUAGAGAAAAUAUUGGAACCAUUUUGUACAUUUACACAGGAGCAGAAUAUUUCUGGUGAUUAUGAAAUUACAGCAAAUGGAUCUCUAUGUAGAAAAUUAUUUUUCGAGGAGCACAGUGACAUGGACCAUUAUGAUUCAGAGCAAACUGAUGAUGAGAUUCAUGUUGAAAGACGCCCACCUUCAAGUUACGAAGCCCAUACACCAGUUGUGUUUAGUCCUGAUUUGAGUCAGGAUUUAGUGACUAAAGGAAUGAAACGUACAUUCGAGACCCCAUUAAGGAAAAAUUCUUCUGCAAGUGGUAAACCAUGUUAUCGCAAUAAAAUAUUGGAUGUUGUGGACUUUGGCGAGCCUUGUUUUAGUCCAAUACAGUUUAAAACUCCAAAACGCAUGGACCAAGAGUCUGGUACAUCAUCUUCUCUUGCCUCUACAUCCAUUUCACCAGUUAACAAAGUCACUUCCAGUGAUGAAGAGAAAAAUAAUUUUACUUCACCUGAAUCAGAUGCGAUGGCAACAUGUCUCGACUGCAUAGUGUCAGAUUCAGAAAGUGACAAAAAGAGGGGGUGUUUCUGUAAAACCCUUAGUAAGUUGUAUGUAAAACGGAGCGCGUCACUCAAAGAGUCUCCAAUGAGGAGUAGGAAGAGUUCAGUCUCAUUCUCGGAGAGGCGCAGCCUCAGCUUGUCCAGUCUCCACAGAAGUAGAUCUGUACAGAAACUCGAUUUCAGUAUGGACAUAAGUAUGGAUACUUCUUUCCGUGAUCAUUCUCAAGAUGAGCCUUCAGAAUCAAAUUAUCAAAAUAGUCAAACAACAUGGUCUCUUGUGGAAGAAACAAGUAUACAACAAUUAGUCAAAGCUGAAUCCCUAAAAAAUUUAUCAAAAAUACAGUCGUCUACAAAAUUUGACCCAGUGAAUAUAUUGGAUAACACACCUAUUAAAGGGAAGAAUAAAUGUAGUGUGUUAUCUCACGAAAUUAGUAAAAUUCGUGCAGCGGCCCUCUCGAGUCCGAUGCACAUGUCGUUAGAUAGUAGCUUAGAUAAUUGUGAUAAUCCUCUCAGCAUGGAGGAUAAAAAGAUAGACUUUAAUCAAGUUGAUCUCAAAUUUUUGACUGAAAAUGUAUCUCAGUAUGAUUAUAGUGCCAAUAACGCUACAAAACCGAGCGAUAGCUCGGUUAGUUUUAAGAGAGUCGAUAGUGGCUUUAAUGAGAAUACGUUUUAUGUAAAUGCUUCUAGUUACUAUGAAAGUGCCAUAAAACCCUCCGAACUGACUGUGACAAAUGUGUCAACAGUCAAUAGUAAUAAGACUGCUUUAAAAGAGAUAUCUAAUAUACCGUGGAUGAGAAUAGAUAGUGGGUUUAAUGAUGAGAAUUCGUCAAAUAAUGUCCAGUUUUAUUCAAAUGAUUCUGUUAGGAAAAUUACAGAUUUCCAUUUAGCAGAUGUUAAAGUGGACGAUAAAGAGAAUUCUGGAACUGAUAUUGAAUUUCUUGUGCAAGGACCCAGUAAAAGUAAUGCUAUGUCUAUGUCUGAUAUUUUUAAUGAUGACAUGACUUUUAAUUGUAACUUUUCAUCAACCCCGUCUAAAAGCAAAUCGCGCAAGGUUCACUCGUAACAGGUGAUAAUUUUGUAAAUAAGACAAUAUGAAUUUUAUAUAAUGUUUUAUCACACGUUUUUGACUUUACUCCAUUAUUGUGGGUUAUUUUAUCGAAUUAUGUUAGAUUGUUUUGUGAUUGAAGAUAGUUUUGCAUGAAAUAAUUAUUGAUUUUUUAAGAUAUGUGUGUUUACUUGAGUCAAGUAAAAUUUAAUAAAAUUUCAAGACUGAAAUA